AGUGGACCUGGGUGGGUGGCCGGGGCAGGAUGAGUGGGUCUUUGCGUGCGGCCCUGCGCUUGGGUGUCUGGGCGGCGCGGGGCCGACCCGGGCGGCGACACUUGAGCGAGGCGGCCUCCGGCAGCGCUGGAGGCAGUGGUGGGGCCGAUGGCGGCGGCUCGGGGUCGCGGGAAGCGGUGGAACGACUGGUGCGGGAGCACCCGGUGGUGGUGUUUAUGAAGGGCAGUCCGGCGCAGCCCCUCUGCGGCUUCAGCAACGCCGUCGUGCAGAUCCUGCGGCUGCACGGCGUGGAGGACUACCGCGCCCACGACGUCCUGCAGGACCCCGACCUCCGACAAGGAAUAAAAAACUACUCCAACUGGCCUACCAUCCCACAAGUAUACCUCAAUGGUGAAUUCGUUGGUGGCUGUGAUAUCCUCCUCCAGAUGCAUCAGAAUGGAGAUCUCGUAGAAGAGCUAAAGAAAUUAGGAAUCCGCUCAGCACUUCUGGAUGCAGAAAAAGACCAAGAAAAAAAGUAAAAGGAGGAAAAGAAAAAGAUGCCGUGAUGGGAAAUCUUUGAUAAGAACUUGUAACCAGUAAAGCCUUAUUGUACUUCAGUUCAAAGAAGGCAUCUUUUUAAACUGACACUAAGAUUUAUCAGUGGAUGUCUGUUAGCUCAUGGUAAAUGUAGUGAUCUCAGUAUUUUGAUUUAUGGAUAUUGUGAAAAUUUGAGUAUAACCACUGUACUGUAAAGCAUACACAUGUGGAAAUUGUUUUAAAAAAAGGAAAAAAAAAAAGUUCACUUCUGAAAGCAUUCUUUUGAUUGAUGCGGGAGUAAACCAAAAGAACUAAUAAUGCUAUUUUUAUUGAUUUUGUGUUUCUUUGUUACACAAACCUGUGAAAACAGUGUUUGCAUUCCCUUGCUCUUGAAAAAGUGCUAAGUAGUGCUAGUGCAUCUGUGGGUUUUUUGUUUUGUUUUUGUUUUCUAUAACUCCUGAUGAUAAGAAUUCCCAAGAGCCUGUAAAGUUUCUACUAUCUCAUAUGUUAUAGGAGAAAAUAGCCCUCAUACAAUACAUAAGAAAUCGUGGUAUGAGAGUGCAUGAAAUACACUUUUAUUCCAAAGGUUAAAAAUAAACACACUAGCACAAAUACAUGUAUAAUGGUCAUCAUUACUUUGUAUCUUCCUGUUAGCUUUUAAAAGACUGCUUUGAAUUGUGCCUGAAGAUUUUUAUAAAACCUUUUCUACCUCUUGCAAUGUGGCUUUUCCCCGUUUAUAUACUUUGUGUACUGCAGUUUCCCUGUGUCAGUUUUAGAAUGUGGGAAUUGUUAAGGCUCCAGUAUUCUUGUUUGCAAGAGUACAGGAAAAUACUUCAGUAAUUACUUCAUUAUUUGCUAGUUACUAAGUUAUCUUUUCAGAUAUGUUGUGUUUCCAAGUGUUGUCUCUGAACAGCUGUAGUUCCUGGAGUAUGGUCUUCAAACAUGGGUUAAACAGAUUAAAGUUUCAUUGGAGACAAGAUGCAAAGUGCAGCAGAAGGGCUACUGAAAAUAGCCAAAGCGUUCCUUUGUUGGAAGCUCUGGAAAGUCUUCAAGUAACUAUCUAACCUUGUUUUCCCAGGUGAAAAUAAAUAAUUUUAAACAGUCUAGCUUCACCUGUACAGUAAUACUGCUAAGGAUAAAAGCUAACCACACUGUUUUUAAAUACCAUUUACCUUUAUGAAUGCAGACCAGGGAAUGGUUUGCAUGUGAGCUAAGCAAGUGAUUGAAAAUAAAGUGUUUUAUGUAGAUUGUCUGCAAUAGUUCCUUUUUAUUUUAAAUUAUUAUAAUGAAACCAAUACUGCUUUUAAUGUGAAAUCUGAAAUGUAAGAAAAAAAAAAAAACCCUCACUGGAAGAGGAACUCAGGAUUGUCACUGGUAGAUGGGGGGUUUUAAUGCCAGUUUCAAUUUUAUCUCUUUUGUGUUCACCAGAGCAAGCUGUCUAGUAGAGAAACUAUGUCCCAGCAAAAUGUGUGCUGGUUACAGUAUGUUUAUUGUAUAGUUUACUGUUUAGUUCAAAUGCAGUCAGUAUCUCCAUGCUUAAAAAGCAUCUCAGCUUAAACAGCCACUCAGCUUCACUACCAGUAGAAGUAACUUUAGCAUGAACACUGAUAAUGAAUAAGCUGUGCUCAGAGGCAGUCAGUUGUGAUUGUUAGUUGUGUAUGUAUGAGUGCAUGAUUUUCUUUUUUGUUCAUACACCACAUCACAUGAAAUGCCAAGCUCUAGUUCAGUUUAACCUCUCUUGAAAUCCUGAUUAAAUGAGUUUUCUUACA